AUGCCUACCGCACCAGUGGACGACAAUGGCACGGUCCUCUACUUCGAAGAUAGCGGCGCUCCUCCCGGGUCCACCGACUAUGUCACUCUUGUGCUCGUCCAUGGCACAUGUUUCCAUAGUGCGGUAUACAGGCCUAUGAUCCCGUUUUUCGCCGAACACGAUCUACGCCUCGUGCUGCUCAACCUCCGUGACUACCCUGGCUCCACAUUGCUCUCCCCCGAGGACGUGAACGACCUACGCGGUCCUAGCGAAGAGGCGCAAGCGAGGGCGAUCAAAAACCGCGGCCUCGAGAUCGCUGCGUUCUUGCGUUGGUUCAUAGAGUUUCAGUGCAUCCCGCCCAUCGAAGGAGCUGCGGGGACUGGGGGUGUUUCGCUCCUGGCAUGGUCGGGCGGAACCUGUCCGACGGCCGCCAUGUUCGCACACGCAGAUAAACUACCUGUGGAGACUCGCAAACUGCUGGACACUCAUCUGCGGAGUUACAUCAUGUACGACCCCAGCGGGACCAUCAUCGGACAACCACGCCCCCCAGGGCUGACCGUCCUCCACCCACGUCGCCACGCCUCGCUAGACGAGCAAGUCGCCGACAUGGCGCUCGCAGUCGGCUCCUACUACCCCCCAUUCACCUUCCCCGCACACAUCGACCCGCCCCCAGUCUACGACCCUCCGCGCCGCGCCCUCCACCUGGGCCCCGACCCCGUCGACCCUAAGCACACCCCGACGACCUCGCGGAUGUCCCCCGAGGUCCUGCGCAGCCUCACGAACCCUGCGGUCAUGGCAGAGAACCAGCACCUCAUCUGGACGCUCAGCUACAACGUGUACAGGGAGAACCUGCGGCGUUGCUUGUACGACUGCCGCGUCCUCGACGACAACGAUGGGAGCGGAGUGCCGAAGAAGGUGUGGCCGAAUGUGCGCGUGCAGUAUAUUUGGUGCGACAUGACGGCGGGGGACUGCGCGUGGACGGCUGCGGUCAUACACUCGCAGUGGAACGCGGCGGAUCCUGAACACCGGAGGCAGGUGGAGUUUCAUAAGCUGGAGGGCGCGAACCAUUUCUAUCAUUGGGAGGAGCCGGAGAAGUUUGUGGAGCUUUUGGCUGGUUUAGUUUGA